UAUGAAGUAUUGUUUUAUGAAGUAUCUUUUCUAUGUUUAGUCAUUUUACUAUCCUCUGGCAAUGAACGAGAAGAAUCUGACCAGCAUCACGGAGAUCCACCUCUUGGGAUUUCAGACUUCUCCGAACAUCACAGUGGGCCUUUUUGUUCUGGUCUUUACAAUGUUCUGCGUAACGAUAAUUGGAAACCUUCUGAUCAUAGUGCUGGUUUCACAGAGCAGAAACUUGCACUCUCCCAUGUACUUCUUCCUUACUCAACUCUCCAUAUCCGACAUUUUACUCACAAUAGAUAUCGUCCCUAACAUGCUUCAUGUCAUUCUGAAUAAGGUGGGAACCAUGUCUUUAGAUGGCUGCCUUACUCAACUUUUUUUUUUUGGUGUCUCUGAGUGCUUGGAGUGUCUUCUUCUUAUGGUGAUGUCUUAUGAUAGAUACCUGGCGAUCUGUCACCCUCUACAUUAUACAUCUUCAAUGAGCCAUCUUCGUUGCUUAAAACUAAUUAUUGUUACAUGGAUCUUGAGUUUUUCUGUUACUUUUAUCGAAACGCUACCAACUUCUCAAUUAGUAUUUUGCGGACCAAAUGUUAUUGAUCAUUUCUUCUGUGACCUUUCUCCAAUAUGGGAUCUUUCUUGCUCAGACACAUUCUUUAUCCAAAUGGAAGUCACAACAUUGGGUAUCCCUGUCGUCAUCUCCCCAUUCAUUGUUAUUACAGUGUCCUAUGUGUAUAUUUUCUUUACUAUUCUAAAGAUGCAAUCUAUUACUGGAAGACAGAAAGCCUUCUCCACCUGCAGCUCCCAUCUGGUUGUUGUCUUCAUAUAUUAUGGAGCCAUCAUUUGUUUAUACAUUUUUCCGAACCAAGGUCAAUCAUCGACUGUUCGCAAAGUUCCUUCCGUGUUGUACACUGUGGUGACCCCAAUGCUUAACCCAAUGAUAUACAGCCUGCGAAAUAAAGACAUAAAAGAAGCACUUAGAAAAUUAAUACAUUUAAGUUUAUAA